UCAACUCAUAGGCCCGUUUCCGUUCAUUUAUCAUUUCCUUCCUUCCAAGUUCCAACCAAACAACGUCCUCCUCACUCUAGCCAAUUAAAGACACGAGCUUCUUAAACCCUGAACUUCUUCACCAAACUUUGGACGAAGAUACCGGAGGAUGAUGGGUUCUGAGCUAAGCGAGGAUAGAUCCGAGAUUGUCUUCUUCGACCUCGAAACGACGGUUCCCACCCGGCCCGGUCAGGGUUUUGCGAUACUGGAAUUCGGAGCCAUCCUUGUAUGCUCCAGGAAGCUGGAGGAGCUCCGGAGCUACUCGACCUUGGUCCGACCCGCUAAUCCUUCUUUAAUCUCCUCUAAGUCCGUUCGCUGCAAUGGAAUCACUGCUGAAGCCGUCAAUUCCGCCCCCACAUUCGCCGAUAUUGCUGACACUGUCUACGAAAUCCUCCAUGGGAGGAUUUGGGCGGGACAUAAUAUCCUGCGGUUUGAUUGUGUUCGGAUAAGGGAGGCGUUUGCUGAGAUUGCAAGGCCACCGCCGGAGCCCAAGGGCAUUAUCGAUUCUUUAGCCUUGCUAACCCAGAAGUUUGGAAGAAGAGCUGGCGACAUGAAGAUGGCUAGUCUUGCAACUUAUUUUGGGCUUGGAAAACAGACACAUAGGAGCUUAGACGAUGUCCGGAUGAAUCUUGAAGUUUUGAAGUACUGCGCAACAGUAUUGUUCUUGGAGUCAAGCCUCCCAGAUGCAUUUCCAGAAAAAAGUUGGGUUUCACCUAAUGCUACUACAAGAAGUCGUACAAAUGGAAAAUCACUUUUGGAGGGUCUUGGCAUAAACAUAGAUGCUCCCUCUUCAAGUUCAAAGUUUGAAAACUUUUCGCCUGGAGAUCAUGGAAAUGAGGGAAAUCAUCCAUUAUUUUCUCAGCUUACAAUUGUUGCAUCUAAGACAUCUCCACCAGAUUCUUUUGAUAUGGGUUCUCUUAGCAAUGAAAUGCGUACUAAUUACCUUCAACAAGAUGUUGCCAUGGAAGAAAAACCUAUGACAGUCUCUUCUGAGAUGCCUUCAGCAGUGACUGUUCCUGAAGGUUGGAGUGGCAAUGAAGAAUUUUUAGAACCUGAGAAAGUUUCUGUUUCUUCUAUUAGGGCAUGUUUUGUUCCAAUCAGUCAUGGUGGUCGAAGAAUGAUAUUAUUCUAUGAGGAUGUCAUUUUGCAGCUUUGUUGUCAUCAUUUAAGAGUACGGUUUGAAUUAAGUACAAAAUUUGUGGAUAAUGCUGGACGACCACGGUUGAGUUUUGUGGUUGACGCAACUCCAAGUCUGUGUGGAGUUCUUGAAGCAUGUGAUGAUAUCGUUCAGAAAUUGUUUGUGGAAUCAGGUAGCAACUCUGAUUGGAGGCCUGUUUUGAACAGAAAACCUGGCUUCUUCAACUAUCCUACAGUGAGACUACACAUACCCACUUCAGUAAAUGGGGAUGUGGCUAAAUAUGAAACAGAGAUAUAUCAUAAAGAUCCUUGUGGAACCAUACAAAAGCUUAUGUUCAGUAAGUUUGACGCUGCAGAACUUGUGACCUGGUUCAGACCAGGGACCUUUUUGGAUGCCUACAUCUCCUUGCAUCCAUAUGACUUUCAGCAAAGUGCUGGCAUCAGAUUAGUGGCCAAGAAAUUAGUCAUUCACAAAGAGUGAAAGGAGCAAGGUUCUCUAAUCUAUUCUUGAUGAUUGCAUGUAAUGUACAGUUGUAACAAAUAAGGCUAACAUACACAGAUGAAAACAGCAGUUGAAUUUUAUGGUAAAAUGCUGAAGGCAUGAAUGCUAAUAUUUAACAUUGUCUACAUGUAACUGCAAAAUUCUUUCAGAUUGUAAUUUUAAUCGCAGACAUUGACAAGCCUAUUUCUUCUUUA